AUGUGGAUUUUAGGCCCUACAGCUGGGGGCCAAUCCGGACAAAAAGUGACAAAAUUCGAAACUACCCAGAGCCAGAGUCCGGACAAAAUCGACGAGAUGUCAAAAAAAAAGCCUCCCAGCCGGUAUUUGGGCAUAAUUGUGGGACAUUUGUAG